AUGGCGACCGCAACGCUGUUUCGAGUGUUCCUGCGCCGCCAGACCCCGGGUCUGCGCACCCGUUUCUCCCAGCAACAACGCCGCGCGAACUCGUCCAACUCGGGCACCGAGCCCCCAAAGCCGAAGCGACAAGACGACCCGAUUCCCGUACCCAACACCGUCGCGACGAUCCCCUUAUGGCAGCGACUCGGGCCGUUGACUCGGGCCGCCGAAGGCUAUGCGCGCGCCCAGCGCAAGAGGCCACUGACGACGCAGUUCGUGAGCUCCCUCGUCAUCUACUUUUGCGCCGACCUCUCCGCCCAGAACAUGAGCGGCAACGAGUAUGAUCCGGAGCGAACGGCGCGGUCGCUGAUUAUCGGCGCGAUAUCCUCGAUCCCCAGUUACAAGUGGUUCAUCUUCCUCUCCCAAAACUUCAAUUACGCUUCGCGCCUCCUGUCCCUCGGCACCAAGGUUGUCGUGAACCAGGUGUGCUUUACACCAAUAUUCAACUCGUACUUCUUCGGCAUGCAGGCGUUCCUGGCUGGCGAUAACUUCGAGCAAAUCAUCGAGCGAAUCCGUCGGACCGUUCCCGUGAGCAUCGUCAACUCUUGCAAGCUUUGGCCUGCCGUGACGGCCUUCAGCUUCUCCUUCAUCCCGAUGGAAUAUCGCAGCGUCUUUUCCGGCGUCAUCGCGGUGGGCUGGCAGACGUAUCUGAGCUUCCUGAACCGCCAAGCCGAAGUCCUCGAGGAAGCCGAGGAAGCGGAGGAGAGGGCGCACCCUGGAGAGAAAGCCCGCGCGGUGCAGGACAUCGCCGUUCACAAGGGCGCAGUGAAGAUGGAGGCAUAA